GUUGUGCAUGUACCUGUUUGAACAGAGAACUCCUGCAUAUCACAUCCAGCAACAGAAGCUGUGGCAGAUGCGGCAUUCAAAGCAAUCCCAUUGUCCUGAAUGGGACGACAGGAAGAGCUGGGAUGAAAGGAAGCACAGUAGCAGCCGUAAACGCAGGAAAAGGUCCCAGAGCAGUGGACAAGAAAGCAAGCACUAUAAGCCAAAUCACAUUUCAGAAAGUCAUUAUUUGGACGAUAGAGCCAUAAAUGAAAGAGACCAUCAUGACCGGAGAUAUGUUGAGGAAUACAGAAAUAACUUCUGUGAAGUAUAUGACCACAGGCAUUAUCACAGAGACUAUGAAAAGAGUCACCAUCAUCACUAUAGCAAAUCCUCUGGUCGGAGCAGGAAAAGUAGUCAUAAAAGGAAGCAUAAGAGACAUCAUUGCUCCAGUCACCAAUCGCAUUCGAAGAGUCACCGAAGGAAAAGAUCCAGGAGUGUAGAGGAUGAUGAGGAGGGUCACCUGAUCUGUGAAAGUGGAGACGUUCUAAGAGCAAGAUAUGAAAUUGUUGCAACUUUAGGAGAAGGAGCUUUUGGAAAAGUAGUGGAGUGCAUAGAUCACGAUAUGAGAGGAAUGCAUGUAGCAGUUAAAAUUGUGAAAAAUGUUGGUAGAUACCGGGAGGCAGCCCGUUCAGAAAUACAGGUGUUGGAACACUUGAACACCAUGGACCCAAGCAGCACUUUCCGCUGUGUCCAGAUGCUGGAAUGGUUUGAUCAUCAUGGCCAUGUUUGCAUUGUUUUUGAGCUGCUGGGACUUAGUACUUACGACUUUAUUAAAGAAAACAGCUUUCUGCCAUUUCAUAUUAAUGACAUUAGAAAUAUGGCUUAUCAAAUUUGCCAAUCUAUCAACUUUUUACACCAUAAUAAACUAACUCAUACAGAUUUAAAGCCUGAAAACAUCUUGUUUGUGGAGUCUGAUUACAUAGUGAAGUACAAUGCCAAAAUGAAGCGAGAUGAACGCACUUUAAAAAACACAGACAUCAAAGUCGUUGAUUUUGGGAGUGCAACUUUUGAUGAUGAGCAUCACAGCACAUUAGUGUCGACAAGGCACUAUCGAGCUCCUGAGGUUAUUUUAGCUCUGGGAUGGUCGCAGCCUUGUGAUGUUUGGAGCAUUGGUUGUAUUCUAAUUGAGUAUUACCUUGGAUUUACAGUGUUCCAGACCCAUGAUAGCAAAGAACACUUGGCAAUGAUGGAAAGGAUACUGGGACCUCUGCCAGCUCACAUGAUCAAGAAAUCCAGAAAGCAUUAUUUUCACCACGACCAGUUGGACUGGGAUGAGCACAGCUCUGCAGGCCGAUACGUUAGGAGACGCUGUAAGCCCUUAAAGGAAUUCAUGCAUUGCCAGGACACAGAUCAUCAGAGUCUGUUCGACCUUGUUCGCAGGAUGCUGGAAUACGAUCCGGCCAAAAGGAUUACUCUCGAUGAAGCCUUGCAACACCCUUUUUUUGAACCAAUAAGUAAAUAAGUUCAGUGAUGUUUUAAUGCUUCUCCCAGGAGAUUUCCUAGACUGUGUCAGUCAGCAGAGGUUGCAUGCAACUUUUGUAAACCUUAAAUUAUUUUGUACAGUGGAGUCUGUAAAUACCUACCCAUGUUUUGUAUAACUGUUAACGUUGGCCUUGUUGGGACAGGUGUAGUCUUCUGGGUAUCACACUGAGAAAUAAAAGUAAUUUUCAUUUU